CAAAACCCCCACUUCUAAUACAUAUUGUGAAUGAAUGUUUUAUCCUUUGUGUCUGACUGAGUCUGCAAGAAAGAAGAAUUAAAAAAAGAAAAAAAUCAUGGAAGAAGACAAGUUGGACUUCUUACUGGUUCCAUUGGGGCUACUGCUGCUUGCCCUCUAUCAUGUCUGGCUUCUAUUUACCAUUCUCAAGCAUCCUACAAGAACUGUCAUUGGCCUAAAUGCUGAGUCUCGUCACCGAUGGGUUCUCGCCAUGAUGUCUGAUCCCUUGAAAAAUGGUGUUUUGGCAGUACAAACAAUACGCAACAACAUAAUGGCAUCUACCCUUUUGGCAACAACAGCAAUCACUCUUAGUUCACUGAUUAGUGUUUUUGUUAGCAGCAGCAGCUCGGACUUUGGCAACACUACUUCACAAAUAGUUUAUGGCAAUAAGGGACCUCUACUCUCUUCAAUCAAGUAUUUUUCCAUCUUGCUUUGUUUCCUUGUUGCCUUUCUUUGCAAUGUGCAGUCUAUUAGAUACUAUGCCCAUGUAAGCUUCUUGGUCACUCUCCCUUCAUCGAUAGACAAUAUGGAGUCUGUUCAGUAUGUUGCAAGAAACUUAAAUAGAGGAAGUUAUUUCUGGUCACUCGGACUGCGAGCCUUUUACUUAUCCUUCCCCCUAUUGCUUUGGAACUUUGGGCCUAUACCCAUGUUUUUGUGCUGCUGCAUAAUGUCAUUUCUUCUCUAUUUCUUGGACACAACGAGCAGUUUCACACGUCAACUUCACCAUCGCUCAUUCAAAGAGGAGAAGUUUAAAGCUGGUGAUCUGGAACCGAUUGGUCAAUUAUCGUAAGUGCUGUUGAAACUUUUAAUUUUUAUGGAAAUAGGAGGCUUUAUGUUGCAUUGAAGAGCAUUGUGUUUGUGUGUCUAUAUAUAUAUAAACAAAAAUAACUACAGGUAUUGCAUGAUCUGUUAAGAGUUAAUUUUGAAAUCUAAAUUUGCUAUUGAUUGGAA